CCUACAGGCAGGUAGUGACAAGUGAAGCCGUUGCUACACAUAAACAACAGACUACUUGUGUAAAAUGCUCACUGAUCCAUAAACCACGAGUCUUUCUUACAACAUAUCCGGCAUAAGAUCAGAGAUGAGGCUCGGAUCUUUUUUUCUGCUCUCUCUGGCAGCAGCCCUGUCCUCUGCCUUUGUGAUUUCAGCUCCACACAUGUGGACCAAGCUGAUCCUGACCCACCACUGGCCCAGCACCUUCUGUAGUAUGGAGCACUGUCAUGCCAACAUUAGCUACUGGACACUACAUGGGUUGUGGCCAGAUAAAGGGAUUCUUUGCAAUUCAUCAUGGCAUUUCAACCCUUCUGAAAUAGAGGACCUGCUGCCAGACAUGGAGAAGAGUUGGCCUGACUUACUUAACCCCGCUUCUGUUGAAUUCUGGAAGUAUGAGUGGCACAAACAUGGCACAUGUGCAGCCAAAGCAGCCACUCUCAACAGUCAACAUAAAUACUUCAGCAAGGCACUGGAACUUUACCAUAAAGUGGACUUGGAUAGCAUCCUGAAGAAGUUCGACAUCAUCCCUUCAGACAAAUACUACUCAUUUUCACAAAUUGAAGGAGUCAUAGAAAACUUCUAUGGUGUCAAACCCAAGAUCCAAUGUGUCCAUCCAUCAAAGAAUGCUGAUGUCCAGAUUUUGGGCCAGAUCGAGAUCUGUUUCCACCCUGACUUCACCCUCCUGGACUGUGAGAAAGAGUUCACACUGGAAACCAUUUCUAAGGGAGGCUGGGACAUUCCCAUGGGUGUUGACAAGGCAUCUGGGUUCAGUGUGUGUGACCAUGACAAGCCAGUUUACUACCCACCUCUGCCUUGAACCAUGCACACACACACGCACACACACACACACACACACGCACGCACACUGCAAUGCAACAGCACACUACAACCUUAACCUACACAUGCACAUAUACACAAAGGUACAGAAACAAAUGCAUUCUGUCUUUACUUUGCCAGUUGUACUGUAAUUCAGCACACACAGAGACAUUUUUAACUUACUAUAAUUUUUUUCUCUGGCUUCACAUCAUUUCACAUCAUACCCUUUAGUGAUAAUAAUCAUAUAUGUCAGAAAUAGCAUCAUACAAUCAGAUUUUGAAAUGUUGGAUUAAAAUUAUGGCUGUGACAGGUUUGUAAAAAAAAGAAAGAAAAUCUUUAAGUGCAUUGUGUUUUUUAUAUCCUACAAAAAAAAAAGAAGCAGGAUACAGAAACUCCACUACUGUAUAGUACUUUAAUGGAAUUAUGUCCCUUGCUGACCCUUUCUAGUAGAUGAAUCUGACAGUGCACAGCAGGUUCUUUCCAUUGCCCAACGGGGGGCAUGAUGGCAGGUUGAGGUCAGCCAGGCUGAGGGGCAGUCUUUGCACUGUGUCUUUGAUGGUGUUAGCAAACAAGUGAAGCCUUUGUAUGUGUAUCUGUGUUGAAUCUGCAGGGUACUCUUCAUGUUAUUGAUUGUGUUUAUGUCAACCCCAAGUGUGCAUCUUGUGAGUCUGUUGGACAUGGUUUUAUACUACUUUGUGUCCUUAUGUGCCACUACUCUUUGUAGACUUAAAACUAUGGUUGAGUUUAUACAGUACAGGAAAUGCUUCAAUUUUCAUCUAUGUCCUUUAUAUUCAGUAGAUGAGAAGCAGAUAACUCACUGUGUUUUGUAUUUCAAGGAUGUAGCAAAUGCUUUUUUGAUCAACACUAUUUAAUCAUUCACUAAAAGAUGAGGGUUUUUUUAUUAAAAUGAUGACUUGUUGCUAUAGGAACUGUUUGUUGCUGUUUUUGUGUACAAUUUACUGUAAAUUGAAAGGUCAAUGAGGUUGUAAUUACAGCUACUAUUGAGUGCUGUGGUGUAAUUUUUUUGUUUCAUUUUUUAAUGUCAAUAAAGCAUUCAAUUCAA